CAUACUCCUAUCCUUAUAUGGAAUGUUUUUUAUACUGAGUUUAUUACAUUUUCUGAGCAACAAAUCAACAAGCUGAUCCUCCAUCUCUGCUGUCCAUCAAGUUCACGUUGUGUCGCGCUAUGACUGCGUUUGUUAUGCUUCCGUCUUCCAACAUCUCGCUUUCCAAUUGGAUAUUGUUUCGUUUCAUGUGAUAAUCUCCAGAGCGCGCGCGGUUGUCCUCGGGGUUCCCCUCGCACAUCAGGAUUUCUGAAUAUUUACGAUUCGCGAUCGGAGCGGCUCCGAUGUUCUUCCGAGCAGGUUCGUGCACUCUUAACACACCUCACACGAAGGGGGAAUCUGAUAAGAUAAUCUGUUCAACCAUCAAGAUAAUCGGGACAUACCUAGGAUUGCCGGAAUGGGGAGAAUCGGCCCAAAAUCAGCCUGAUUAUCUUUUGGUGUGUACCCAGCAGAGCAAAGAGAAGAACUCAAGUGAAAGGUGAUGAUGCUGUAGUUUGUUUCAGCCUGUUGACACCAACAAAACAAUUGAAUGUGCCAAUUUACAGAUGAUCUCAGACAUCACCAUAAUGAAUGAGCUGAAAACAGGGAACUUUUGGAGACAAAGAGGUUUUUCAGAUGCUCAGUUUAACAUGAUGAUCCUGUACUUUUUAAAUGCAAAUUGGAUAAAACACAGUGAUCACAGUUCACACCUGCAGUGAAGCCCCUCCCACAACAAUUCACCAAUAAAUACUGGGAUUAUUCCCAUCAUCCUACAAGAGAAGGACAAACUUCCGGAGUAGCAGCUGAAAUCUGUGUGACUCCGCACUCAGUGUGGAAAGAGUUUCACAAAGAAAGGAACCCUUGACGCACACAUGAGAAUUCACACUGGAGAGAAACCGUAUACAUGCACUCAGUGUGGAAAGAGUUUUUCUUAUUCAUCAACUCUCAGUGUUCAUCUGCUCAUUCACUCUGGAGAAAAAACAUUUAACUGUGAUCAGUGUGGUAAAGAUUUUAUUUCAUCAGCACAUCUAAAAUCACACCUAAAAGUUCAUUCAGAUGAGAAGCCUUAUGUGUGUUCUCUCUGUGAAAAGAGUUUUUCAAGGCUGAACAGUUUUAAACGGCACCAGAAAACACACAAUGAAGUGAGAGAUUAUAUGUGCUUUAACUGUGGGAAGAGCUUUACUACAUCUCGUGAUCUGAAACUGCACCAAAGAAUUCAUACUGGAGAAAAACCUUACAAGUGCUCAUAUUGUGACAAGAGUUUCAUUCGGUCUGGACACCUGAAAUCACACGAGCGAGUUCACACUGGAGAGAAGCCGUACGACUGCACUCAGUGUGGGAAGAGUUUCUCGUGGAAAGGACACCUUAACGCACACAUGAGAAUUCACACUGGAGAGAAACCGUAUACAUGCACUCAGUGUGGAAAAAGUUUUACUCAUUCAACAACUCUCAGUUAUCAUCUGCUCAUUCACUCAGGAGAAAAAACGUUUAACUGUGAUCAGUGUGGUAAAGAUUUUAUUUCAUCAGCAAAUCUAAAAUCACACCUAAAAGUUCAUUCAGAUGAGAAGCCUUAUGCGUGUUCUCUCUGUGGAAAGAGUUUUUCAUGGCUGGACUGUUUUAAACGGCACCAGAAAACACACAAUGAAGUGAGAGAUUAUAUGUGCUGUGACUGUGGGAAGAGCUUUACCACAUCUCGUGAUCUGAAACUGCAUCAAAGAAUUCAUACUGGAGAAAAACCUUACAAGUGCUCAUAUUGUGACAAGAGUUUCACUCGGCCUGGAUCUCUGAAAUCACACGAGCGAGUUCAUACUGGAGAGAAGCCGUACGACUGUACUUAGUGUGAGAAGAGUUUCACCCAAUCAAGUAAUGUUCACAUAAUAAAACAAUAAAACAAUUAAUGGACAAUUAACAAACAAUUAAAAGAUUCACAUAAAGCAAAAGUGUAGUUAGUUAACUAAUGAACUAGUGUUGCUGUGAAAUGCCACAAGAUAUGUGUUUUAUAUGUUGGA